AUGUUGAAAGGACUCGCCGGUGACUUGUCUGGCGCGGGCGACGUGUGCCACGUCAUGCACGACUUCUCCCCGUGUCUGGCGAACCCAUAUCUACUUCCCAACGAGAGCAUCAUGUUCUCAAUGCAGUCCACCAAGGAGGAGUUCACAUUCACGAACCACGCAUUGCUCAAGAUUGCUGGUAGCAACUCCACCACGACACGCAAGCUCACGGAGCGCUUUGACUAUCGCAACGAGACUAUCACGUCGGUGAAAUUCGAGACUGCAGGACUUGUAGAUCGCGACUGCGAGAUCAAGUUCAAGAUCGGAGGCAAGUCCAUGUCCAUCGACGUGGCCAAGGCGGAGCAAGCCGACGCCCAGGACUUUUACAAGGUACUGGAGAUACUGAGUCGCCGUCAGAUCGAAAAUAUCCGCGUGUGGGAGCAUGGCUGUCUGGCGCUCAAGUAUUCUAGUGAAGCAAUGUAUCUUACGGAGAACAGUGGCCAGACGCUUAUCAAGCAGACCGACGACACGUCCUCAUGGAUCGGAGAGCUCUACAAACGUAGCCAUCCACUAUGCUACCGCGACGUCAUCACCGCAGCCUUCCAGGAACUCAGACUCGUCGACAAGAUGGAGCGCUUCCAGAUACGAAAGUAG